AUGUCUCAACAUUCUACAACAUCUUCCUCAGAAACUUCUACAGGUGAAGAACCUAUGUCUGCUCUCUCCUAUAGGGCUCAGCCGACGAACAUCUCGAUUGAUUAUGCGUUUAUCGCUGCUCCGUUGACCACAACCUACAAUGCUGAUUUGGGAUUGAAGGAGUUCCAAACCUCGCCUGCAACUCGUUCCGAAGGACCAUCUGCAGGUUAUUAUUCCAAUCCUGCUCUUGAUAAAAUCAAAGAAGGAAGUAGAUAUGUUGAUAGGGUGAUUAAUCGUCUAGUCAAUAGGGUGUUGAGGGAAGAUAUUCCUGUGGUUGUGGUUGGACGUGUAAAGUAUUGGGGGAAAGUAAAUGUUGCCUCCAAGAAGAGAAAGAGUAGGGCAGAGGCUGAAUCUAAUGAUGAUGUGGGUGAUGUUCAGGACAUCACACUUAUAAAGAAAAUUGUGUCCAGUCAGUCAUCCGUGAAAUUUCCAGACGCUCCCAUGGAUAACAUCUCCUUUCACUCUAUUGACAACGUAGAUAGAUGGAGAUUUGAGUAUCAAAGAAGGAUUUCCCUAGAGAGAGAACUGGGUCAGGAUGCUCUUAAAAUCAAGGAGAUUAUGGACCUCAUUUCUGCCGAUGGGCUCAUUAAAUUUUUUGUUGAGUUUGCUAUAUCUUAUGAGCGUAUGGUUAAGGAAUUUGUUGUGAACAUUCUCGUGGACUGUACUGUCCCUGGAAGCCAGAAUUUCAGGAAAGUCUAUGUAAGGGGUAAACGUGUUAACUUCUCUCCUGCAGUGAUCAACAUGUAUUUGGGAAGAAGUGGGGACGAGGGGUGUGGCCUGGAGGGGACUGAUAAUCAAGUUCCCACCAAUUAUACUUCAACAGUGGCAGUUGGGUUGGGGAAGUUUCUCUAUAAUGUGGGUAUCAAAAAUAGCUUUGACUAUGGUACUUAUAUUAUUGAUCAGACUGUGAGACAUGCUGCAACCAAUGCCACCAAGUUGCCUAUUUCAUUUCCUUCCCUGAUCUGUGGUAUUAUCCUCAACCAGCAUCUUGGAAUCUUGGUAAGCACUGAUGUGGCUUGUAAGAGAAAGUCUGCCAUGUCUCUCCAUGAAAGAUUAUUUGCAGGAAAACAUGUUGCAGAUAUUGUCCUGGCAUCUGUUGAGAAGAAACUGUCUACUAAAAUUGAUGUGGUUUUAGGUUUGAAAGAGACCUGCAGAUACUUGGAUGAGAUCAUUGCUACCAGUAACAAGAGAAAGUUUGACACUGAACUAUUAAUCAAAGGUCUUGAACACCCUGCCGGGACUGGGAUUGGUAAUGUAACUGAAGGAGCUUCUGUUGCAUAUGAAUUUGAUGACCAUGCUAAGGGUCGGACCUAUGAGGAAACUGCUAUUGACAACGAUAAUGCUUCUAGUUCUGGCUCAAACGAGGAAGAUUGA